AUGGUUGGCCCUGGAGGUGCAGCCGUCACCACCUUCUUUUCUACCUCCUUCACCAACUGUUUUCCAUUCUUUGACCGUUGUAUCAAGGCCUCACACUUCGGAAUCAUCAUCGUCCCUCCUUUCCACACCAGACAGGCUCGUCUUCAGGACCACUCCGGGCCUUCCAGACCCCAGGGUCAAUAUCAUCUACAUUAUCAUCGACCUCUUCCAUUUGUAAAGCCCUGUUGGACUCAGAAUGGGAAUCAAGGCCCCUAUCCGGAUUAUGAAUGGGGACAGACUGACCCCACGGAGCCUGCUGGUCAGGACGAUGCUGAGGAUGGAAGACGGCCUACGGAUACUGUUGCAGAGCAGCUCACCUUAUUAAACGAUGAUGGACAAGUAUUCACAGCUACUGCCAGUGCCCUUCCGGAGAUACCAGUCCAGGUUCCGGCUGCGCGACGGCGUGCUUCUCAAAGGCGCCCCAGGCCUUCUUCCCAGAUCCCGUGUCUCGCUCCCGGUUGCGGCAAGACAUUUACUCUGGAAAAGGAUCUGCAACGCCACCAAAGAGAGCAACAUGGGUCGCGUCGGUGGUAUUGCUCAUAUCCUGGAUGCCACUACAAGCUGGCUUGGGAAGGAACACCGCGAAGACAAAACCUCCAGAGGCAUGUUCAAAGCUACCAUAGCGAUCAUGCUGCCAAUGAGUGCAUGGAAUAUAGAUAG